AUGGCAUUAGAAAACUCGGAGACUAUAGAAGAGGACGUCAGCCUUACCGCUCGUAGUUAUUCUUCUUCCGAAGAUGAUUUAGCAGGAGAUACUUAUUCGAUAGAUUCGAGUGCUAUGGCUUUUAGAAUGGAAAAUGGUAGAAGAUAUCAGGCAUAUAGAGAAGGAGCUUAUUGGCAACCAAAUGAUGAAGUACAAAGUGAGCAAAUAGACAUUAGUCAUCGACGAUAUCUAGCAAUGUUGGAUGGCGCGUUGUACAUGGCACCAAUACCAGAUAACGUCGAGCGAGUUUUAGAUCUCGGAACAGGUACAGGAAUAUGGGCAAUUGACUUUGCUGACCUUUUUCCAAAUGCGUCGGUUCUUGGGACAGACCUAUCACCAAUCCAACCGGGCAACGACUGCACAGAAGAAUGGACCUAUCCGCCAAAUUACUUUGAUUUUAUACAUAUUCGUUCACUUUUCGGUAGUGUCGCUGAUUGGGACAGACUAUACGCACAAGCUUUCAAACAUUUGAAACCAGGAGGAUAUAUUCAGCACCUAGAGCCGUCACUAUAUAUACAUUGCGAUGACAACAGUUUACCACCAGAUAGUCCAUUGUAUAAGUUCUCUGAGCUUUUCAAUGAGGCUGGAGAACGUACCGGACAAUCAUUAGAUCUGUGCCCGACAAUGAGUUCCAAAAUAGCCCAAGCUGGGUUCAUUAACCUUCACGAAAAGACAUACAAAACGCCAUUAGGAGAAUGGUCAUCCGAUCCGAAGUUACAAGAGCUAGGAAAGUGGAAUUUGUUACAAUUUGAUGUUGGAUUAGAAGGAUUUUCCAUACAACUUCUCACAAAUGUAAUGGGUGCCCAAGUUCGCGUUGCGGCUCGAGAUCGAAGAAUACACUCGUACUAUCCACACAAACUGGUUUACGCUCAAAAACCUCUGUAA